AUGCUCACUCGUUUUUGGACAGUACCACCAAUUGUAUGCUACUGCCUCGCCUCGAUCCUCAUGACGGUCGUGAACAAAUUCGUCGUCUCGGGCCAACAAUUCAACAUGACCUUCCUCCUGCUCUGCAUUCAGUCCACCGUCUCGGUGCUCUGCGUCGUCUCGGCGAAGCGCAUGGGCGUCAUCUCUUUCCGAGACUUUGACGCCCGCGACGCGAAGAUGUGGUUCCCGGUCAGCUUCAUGCUAGUCAGUGUAAUCUAUACCGGGUCGAAGAGCUUGCAAUAUCUGAGCAUACCUGUGUACACGAUCUUCAAGAACUUGACAAUCAUCCUCAUCGCAUACGGUGAAGUGAUCUGGUUCGGCGGGCGGGUCUCCGGUUUGACCUUCGGCUCGUUCAUCCUCAUGGUGCUCUCCUCUGUGAUUGCCGCCUGGGCCGACAUCGGCGAUGCACUCACCGUCGACGACCCCGCCGUUGCGGAGAGCCUGGGCAUGCUCGCGACGAUGCGCGGCGUGGUGACGAACCUGAACAUUGGCUAUUUCUGGAUGUUCAUGAACUGCGCGGCGAGCGCCACGUACGUGCUCUCGAUGCGGAAGCGCAUCAAGGCGACGGGCUUCUCGGACUGGGACACGAUGUUCUACAACAACCUGCUGAGCAUACCGGUGCUCGCGGCGUUCUCGAUCGUCGCGGAGAACUGGGGGUCGGAGAAUCUGAGUGCGAAUUUCCCGGAGGCGACGAGGAAUUUCCUGCUGUUCGCAAUUGCGUUCUCGGGUGCGGCGGCCGUCGCAAUAUCGUAUACCACCGCGUGGUGCAUCCGUGCGACGAGCAGUACGACCUACAGUAUGGUCGGCGCCCUGAAUAAAUUGCCCGUCGCCGCGUCAGGGCUGAUCUUCUUCGGUGACGCCGUCACGUUCGGCUCUGUGAGUGCCAUUGGCGUCGGAUUCUUCGCCGGGCUGGUGUACGCCAUUGCGAAGAGCAACCAGAAGAAGGCCGAGAACGCGGCGAUGAGCCAGACGGGCGUCAUCCCAUUGACUCGGAAGCCGUAA